UCGCAAAGCCAAACUUCCAUACAUAUCCUUUUAGAACGUAGAAGAGGUCACCUCACCACAAAAACUGAAAAAACACUUUUUACGGUUCUACCUCACCUUGAAUUUUGAACCUCAUGGCCGGAAAAGGAAAACACACGCCGGCAAUCGGUAUUGAUCUCGGAACAACGUACUCCUGUGUAGCUGUUUGGAAGCAAGGUCGCAUCGAGAUCAUUCCUAACGAUCAAGGCAACCGAACCACACCUUCUUCUGUUGCUUUUGUUGGCUCAGAGCGUUUGAUCGGUGAUGGUGCCAAGAAUCAAGCACCACUGAACCCUGCUAACACCAUAUUUGAUGCAAAGAGGUUGAUUGGAAGGAGAUUCAGUGAUUCCAAAGUACAGGAAGAUAUCAAGUUGUGGCCUUUUAAGGUCAUACAAGGGCCUGCCGACACACCAAAGAUUGUCGUUACUUACAAAGGUCAAGAGAAGGAGUUUUUGGCUGAGGAAAUUUCAUCAAUGGUCCUUGGAAAGAUGAAAGAAAGUGCCGAGGCGUACCUUGGAAAAAUUGUGAAAGAUAGUGUGAUAACUGUUCCUGCUUAUUUCAACGAUUCACAGCGUCAGGCUACCAAGGACGCUGGUACUAUUGCUGGAUUGAAUGUGAUUCGUAUGAUCAAUGAGCCUACAGCAGCUGCAAUCGCGUAUGGACUGGACAAUCAGUCUGAUAUUGUUGGCAAGAUAAACGUGCUUAUCUUUGAUCUUGGUGGUGGCACUUUUGAUGUUUCUAUAAUGACUAUCGAGGAAGGGGGUGUUUUUGAGGUGAAAGCUGUUGCGGGUGACACUCAUUUGGGAGGUGAGGAUUUUGAUAACCGCAUGGUGGAUCACUGUGUCUCGGAAUUCAAGAGGAGAUGGAAUAAGGACUUGACUGCGAACCAACGAGCAUUAGGGAGGUUGAGAUUUGCUUGUGAAAAAGCAAAAAGGGUUCUCUCAUGUACUACUAUCACAUCUAUUGAUUUGGAUAGCUUACACGAGGGGAUUGAUUUUUCUAUGAAAUUUACUCGUGCAAAGUUUGAAGAGCUGAACAUGGGUUUGUUUAAUAAGUGCAUUGAGACUCUGGAGACAUGUUUAAGUGAUGCUAAUAUGGAGAAAGCAUGUGUAGAACAAGUGAUACUUGUUGGUGGCUCAACUAGGAUACCAAAGGUCCAGCAUAUGCUGCAGGAAUAUUUCGAUGGGAGAGAGUUAGGCAAGAGUGUGAACCCUGACGAGGCUGUUGCGUAUGGUGCAGCUGUUUUGGCUGCGAAGUUAAGUGGUAACGGUGAUAAGAGUGUUCAAGAUGUCGUGUUACAUGAUGUCACUCCUUUAUCUCUUGGUAUAUACGAACAAGGUGAUAUAUUUAGCGUUGUGAUCCCGCGAAACACUCCGAUACCUACUAGUAAAUCCCAAAUAUGCGUUACAGUGUCUGAUAACCAAUCUACCGCUAAUAUCAUGGUGUAUCAAGGUGAAAGAUCAAAAGCUACAGAUAACCAUUUGUUGGGAAAGAUCAAAAUUUCUGGAAUACCACCUGCACCCAAAGGAAUGUCGACAAUUAUCGUAUACUUUGAAAUUAAUAUCAAUGGUAUCCUCACAGUGACCGCUGCGUUACAGUCCACUGGUAAGAUGAAAAAACUCGUAAUUUCCAAUGCAAAUGGAAGACUCUCCAAAAAAGAGGUUGAGAAGAUGAUAAAUGAUGCUAAGAAGUACAAACUUAAGGACCAAGAAUUCAAGAAGAAAGCCGAAGCACGCAAUGCAUUGGAUGAUUGUGUAUACAACAUGAAGAAUAAAAUCGAAGAGCACGAUGUCAAGAAGAGUGUGCACCAUGAGAUCUUGCAGGUAAUGAAGAAAACCGUUGAUGAAACGGCUAAGUGGCUGGAGGACAACCAGGCUGCAUCAUUUGCUGAGCUUCACCAUAAGAAGGUACACCUUGAAUUUGUUUGCAAGCCGUUGUUUCCGUCUAAGAAUCUAGGCUUCUUUUCAUCGUUUUUUCGCAUUUAAUCUUGCAUUGGUAUCAAUGGUCGUGGAACAUUGGAAUCUAAGUAAGUGGAUAGUUCUAUUGUAGGUUAAAUUUGGUGACAAUCUGGUAUUUUAAGCUCUACUUUUGCUAUGACUCGAAU